GGGGCGUGUUGCUGGGCUUUGAGGGGAGGGCAGUCAGAACUGGGCUGGGUCUGGCCAUCUUUGUUCCAGCAGGACAAACGAUGCUCACAGAUCAGAAAAUGAGGCUGAGGGAUGCUGCUGUUUUCUGGGCUGGUAUGGGCCACCGCUGCUGCAGACCUCCUCUCCUCCCUUUGUGCAGUCUGGAACAAACGAAUGAGAGCGCCAUUGUGAAAGAGAAGGAACUGUCCUUGGAGCUCGCCAGAAUCAGGGAUGAAGUGGCUUUCAGCGUGGCACACUGGGAGCAGCUGCAGCAGGAGAAGGAGGACCUGGAGCGUCGUUUUGAGGCCGAGCUGCAGGGGUUACGGGCUCAGCAGCAGAGGGAGCUGGGAGCGCUGGAGGAGCGUCUGAAGGCUCGGCACAUGGACGAGGCCAGGAGCCUGCAGGCCCAACAGCAAGCUGAGCUGGACGAGCUGCAGUUCCAGCAGCAGGAGCAGCUCGAGGAGAUGACAGAGAACCACGAGGCAUCUCUGUUGGAGAUGGAGACAACCCAUAAUGACACGCUGUCCACUCUACAGGAGGAGCAUGCUAGGACCGUAAAGAAUCUGAAGAUGGCUCACGAACAGCAGAAGAAGUCCCUGGAGGAAGAAUUUGAGAAGAUCCGACUGUCACUUCAGGAUCAGGUGGACACGCUGACAUUUCAGAACCGUAGCCUCAGAGAUCGGGCAAAGCGAUUUGAAGAAGCUCUCCGCAGGAGCACCGAUGAGCAGAUUGUGGAUGCUUUGGCUCCUUACAAACACAUAGAGGAGGACCUGAAGAGCCUGAAAGAUGUUCUGGAGAUGAAAAAUCAACAAAUCCAUCAGCAGGAGCUGAAGAUUUCAGAAUUGGAGAAAAUAGCUGAAAAAAAUGUGUAUCUGGAGGAGAAACUUCAAGUGUUGCAGCAGCAGAACGAAGACCUGAAGGAGCAAAUAGACAAGAAUGCCGCUGUUUCCAGACAACUCUCCGUGGAGAACGCUAACCUGCAAGUGCACGUAGAGCAGGAAAGCAAAGAAAAGAAGCGUCUGAGUCGCACCAAUGAGGAGCUCCUGUGGCGCCUCCAGACUGGAGAGCUGAGCCCCCACAUGUCCCCCACCUCAUCCCCCAUUCACAGACCCCCGUCUGGGCCAGGCUCCCCUGCUCGUCCACACUCCUACCAUCAGUGACACUCUCAAAGGAAGCGGUUGUAUCCACUACUGGCUUUUAUCAGCGUGCAACCCUCACUUUUGAAGUUUUUGACCCUUGUUCUCUCCAGUUAAAGGGGGAUUUUACUCCAAACAGACUUCAUGAACUGUAAUGAUAAUCACGUGUUUGCUUGCUCCAGAGGGAAAUCCCCCAGCCUUUUUCUGUUCUUCUUGAAUGCCCCAUCAGAGCAGGAAUGUUGUAAAUCAGUGCCUCAUUCACAUGUUUCCAUCCCCAUCUUCCCUCUCAGCACUCAGGAGGCUGGACAAAGCAGACAUGAGACAUGCAACAGCAAAAACAAGAAGCGCCUUCAGCCAUUCAUUCUCUCCCACCAGCGACUUCUAACAGCGCGUAGAGGGGGCAAUGCUUUAAAUGACAUAAAAAAACGACUUGUUUUCCUUCACGCAUCAUGAUUGUAAUAAUGAAAGCCAUCUAACCUCAAUCAUCCUGUGUUUCCUACACAGUUUGCAAUCAGCAUCCACAAAAAAAGGCUCCACAAACCAGGUGAACACAUUGUUGACAGGACUUUGUCAAAUCUGUACAUGCUUGUCUUCCAGUUACUAUGAAUUAUAAGUUUUAUUAUUAAUAUGGUUAUGGAAGAAAUACAGUGUCACCAGAAUAUGGUGUUUUAUUAUAAGUAGAAUGUUUUUCUGUGAAAUUAUGUAUUUCAAGUGUUUUAAAUUAAAAUACAUGAGCAAAACAUUUAUCCGUAAAAAAUCAACAGCAGAGUUUCAGAGAAGCGUAGUUUGAUUGGCUAAAAGCCACUUGACUCGACCGAGUGACGAUUACUUUGGUUUGGGUCACCAGAAGCCACCUCAUUGACAUUUUGCUGUUGAAUUUUUGAAGAUCAAAUUAUUUUGUUUUUAAAAAAUUCAAAUACAUAAUUUCAAAGAAUAAAAAUUCAGUGUCUAAAAAAUGUACUAAUCUGAUGCGACUGUGUUUCUUUCAUAUUAUCUUCCAUGAACAUCAAACAAUAGGGGAUCAAAAUAUUAAAUAAUUAUUAUUAAGAAAUAGUCCGUUUUGUCGAGAUACUGUUGAGGUCACUGAUACCGGGAAUAUGUUGACUUCUCAAACCAACAGAACUUUUGUAAGAAAUAUUUUUAAUCCCAGUUGAGAAGACACGCCUGACUUCUAAUAGCCUCUUUAUUCCACCCCUAAGUGACAUUCAGGCUGCAGGCAUAUUCCCCAGAGUUAGAUAAGUGGGAAAAAGCAUUUUGUUACCAGCCCAGUCAUUCUCCUUAAUUGGCAAUGUUCCGUUAGCUUUAGCUUAGCAUAAACAAUGUAAGUGAAUGGUAACAGCUAGCAUCUCCUGUGAAAAGGUUAUGAAAACGACUCAACAAGGAUCCUAAGCUUUUCUUGGAGACCUCAUUAAUCAUAUUGACAUAUUUCGAGGGUACCUGGAGCACCUAUUUCAGCCAUCUUUCCGUUGAAAUCAGUCAGCCAUCCAGUACAGGCAAAAGACAAAAACAAUCUGAUUGCAAUAUCACCUCAUUUCUCAUUGUUUAGAUUAUCUCAGGAUUUAAGAAGAAUUUAGAAUCAUCAAAGGGAAGCAAUUGUCAUUUUUUUUAGUUUAUUGCAUAUUAUUUAAAAUAGUUUCAUACAAUAACUAAUCAUCUUAAAAAUUCACAAAACAUUUUGCAAAAUACACUUUGUAUGCAAUCACGUAGAUGCUAGCAGUGGUCAAACUGUUUCAAAAUGUUAGCAUGAAUAAUAUAAAAACUGAAAUAGUAUUUAAUUUAUUACAUUACUUUUCAGUAUUUCUUUAUAUAAUGAAUGAGACGUUAUACAUGUGGAGUUCUGCCCCAGUUUUAAUGUUUGAAGUUAUCUGAGAGGAGGUGGAAAUCCCCUUCCCCUCAGUCAGGUUCUCAUAUUGCACUGACCUCUGUGUCCUGUGGACACGUUUACUGAAUGAACGUCACAAAAAGAGCUUUUGUUUGCAGUUUUUAUCCCAGAGUGUCACAUGGAUGUCUCGUACGUGUGUUGAUUGUUUACAAAUCAUAAGUUGAUUGUAAUUAAGUAUUUAAGAAGUUUACACAAAAGCAUGUCUUUCCGAGUUAGUCAAAUUCCACAUUUUUUGUGUUUACUUUAUGCUUUGAAUUUUAUUGAAUUAUUUAUUUUCCGCAAGAUUUGAAACUGUAACUUAGCUGGUUGCAGUAUUGUGGUGAAUGAUGAGAAGACAUUGCUGUAUAUGUCGCACUUUGCAUUUAAUGUACUAAAUCAGAAUUAGCAAACACAAUAAGUGCAUAAACCAAGAUUUGGUGAGUGUGUAUGCAUUUAAAUAAACAAUAAGCUCCUUUUCUCAUCAGAA